CUUCCGCGAGUCCUGAUCAUCGGCGCUGGCUCUCGCGGCACUGCUUACGCUCGGGCCGUGUCAGAAUCUGGACAGGGCAUUGUAGCUGCUGUGGCAGAACCAAUAGCUUUCAAGCGCGACCUGUUAGGGUCCAAGUACAUCUGGAACUCGACCAAGGGGCCUGCAGAAGGACAAGAGUUCAACGAUUGGAAACACUUNUUGCAAUGGGAAACAAAACGCCGAAGUGACGCUGCUGCUGGCCGCCAAGUCCCUCCUGCUAUUGACGCCAUAUUCAUCUGUAUACUUGACGAACAGCAUGCAGAAGUCAUCACAGCUUUAGGUCAUCUUUCAAUUCACACGCUCUGUGAGAAGCCGUUGGCUACAACACUGAAAGACUGUAUGGCCAUAUCAGCAGCCAUGUCUUCUCAACAAGGAGGUCAAUCUGCUAUUUUUGGCGUUGGACAUGUACUUCGCUACAGCCCACACAAUAUGCUACUACGCAAAUUGGUCCUCGAAGAGCAAGUGAUCGGCCCUGUGCUUUCUAUGGAGCAUACCGAGCCUGUCGGUAACUGGCACUUCACUCACAGCUAUGUCAGGGGCAAUUGGAGGAAAGAGUCCACAACAGCCCCGUCAUUACUAACAAAAUCAUGCCAUGAUAUUGACUUCUUGUUGUGGAUGUUAUGUUCGCCGGCUCCAGGAUCAAAUCAUCCUCCACAUGUCCCGUCAUCAGUGGCUUCGUUUGGCUCUCUGAAACAGUUCCAAAAGGCUCGGAAACCUGCGAGUGCAGACACUGCCACGAACUGCCUGCAAUGUCCAAUCGAAAAGACUUGUACCUACAGCGCUCCGAGGAUAUACUAUGACAAUCAGCUUGCCAAAGGUAACACUGACUGGCCAGUCAAUAUUGUCAAUCCGGAGAUCGAAGCCUGCUACAACGACCAUGGUAAGGAUACGGCAAAGGACAUGUUAUUCAAAACACUUGAAGUCGAUUACGAUGAUGACACGCCGCCUGAGGAGAUACACAAACGUCCGUGGUUUGGGAGAUGCGUUUGGGAAUCCGAGAAUGAUGUGUGCGAUGAUCAGUUUGUCCUUCUUUCCUGGAACGACGACCCUUUGAUUGGAACAUCGGACACCAGCCUGCCUAGCCCUAAGGUCAACGAAACACCAGCUAGAAUGGCCAAGACUGCAUCCUUCCACAUGAUCGCUCAGACCGAGAAACAAUGUGAGCGGCGAGGCCGAAUCUAUGGCGAGAAGGGAGAGAUCUCCUACGAUGGAACCCUAAUCACGAUUUACGACUUCUCGACUAGCCAGUUCUCAAACCAUCGUCCGCAUAGACCUGGUGGAGGUCAUGGUGGUGGUGACUACGGACUGGCAACUCAGUUUCUCAAGGCCGUCAAUGCUGUAAAGUCCAAGGAGUUGUCGAUUGAGCAAGCUCAGAUUCAACACCUUGGA